AUGUCAACAGGUACUUUAUUCGUUACUGAACAAAUUCGUUCUCUCCCACCAAAGGCUUUAGUCAAGCACUUCAACUUAGAUGUUAAGUUAAGUGACAAAGAUGAGUCUUACCAAAAGAACUUCCCAUUAGCCAAGAUCCCAGCUUUCGUUGGACCAAAGGGAUUCAAAUUACACGAAGUCAUUGCCAUUUGUAUUUACUGUAUGUAUUCGCCAAUAAUUUUGCAUGCAAUUGAACAGUUGUUUACGUGAUGAGAGAUUUUUUCAUAUUUAUACAGUUAUCCCUGUCUUAAUACAUUAUGUCGAGAAUAUUAUUCUGAAAAUAAUUACAGUCGAUUGCAUUGCAUGAACUCGGUUUGAUUCGGUUCAUAAUACUAACUAACAAUAGUGAUCAACUCUGCUGACCCAGAAUCUAAGUUAUUAGGUAAGAACGCUAAGGAAUACGCUGAAGUCUUAAAGUGGUUAUCUUUAACUAACUUUGAAUUGUUGCCAAACAUUGCCAAGACUUUCAGACCAUUAACUGGUGCUACUCCAUACAACAAGAAGCAAGUUGAUGAAUCCUCAGAAUUUGUUGAAAAGGUCAUUGGUAUCUUUGAAGCUAGAUUAGCUAACUACACUUACUUAGUUGGUGAAAGAUUAACCUUUGCUGAUAUCUUCUCUGCUGCUCUUAUUGUCAGAGGUUUCGACUACUUAUUCGGUAGCGAAUGGAGAAAGGCUCACCCAAACACCACCAGAUGGUUCAAGACUAUUACUCAACAAAAGAUCUUGCAUGAUGUCAUUGGUGAUUACAAGUUCAGAGAAAACCCAGUUGAAUUUGUUGCUCCAAAGAAGGAAAAGAAGCAAACUCAACAACCAAAGAAGGAAGCCGCUCCAGCUGCUGCCGCUGCCCCAGCCGCUGCAUCCUCUGAUGCUCCAGCCCCAAAGCCAAAGCACCCAUUAGAAGCUUUAGGUAA